GUGUGUUACGCUGAAGAAGCCAUUUGCGUGGGUGGGUCGUUGGUAAACUACUACCUUAAAAACCAUAACUGUAACCGUGACGGCUUCAUAUACAACCCUCACUCUCUCUCUCUCUCUCUCUCUCUCUCUCUACAUACACAGACCUAUGCAUACAGAAACUUAUUCACCAAGAAAACCCCCUCUGUAUAUGUAUAUAGCCAUUUCCAAGCAAGUUCCAGCUCUUCUCUCUCUCUCUAAAAACCUUGAAGCAUUGCAAUAAUCACCUUCAACUUCUAAAUCUCAUACACUAUUAUGUGUACAUGUAUUAUUUGUAUAAUUGUUGAUAAAAUCUGUACUCUGUUUUUUCUCUAUCCCACAAUUGAGGAUUCACUUCACACCAUUCUUCCCCUUCGAUCUCAAAGAAUCAGAGGUUCAAUCUCCUAAUUCCCGAACUCAAACAGCCGAUUCUUCAUCACCAAUCACCUCCGAUCACUGGCUUCGACCAAAUUCGAAUUCUCACCAGUCCGAUUCAAACCCCUGCAAACCCUAAACCCCGACACCAUUAUCACUACCAUUUGCUUUUGUUGUUGUUGUUGUAUUUGUAGAAUUUGAAAAUGAGCUUCUUGAGAUCCUCUGCUUUGUACCAGUUGUUAGUUACUUUCCAUUCGCUCCGAUGGAUGCCGUGCCAGAGCUGGGCUUUUCUUCGGUGGCCGAGUCUCGACAGCAUUUGGGUACUUUUCAUAAUUGUGCUUUUGUGGACAAUGCAUUCUGAAAUUCGAUCCAUUCCAUCAUCGUCUAUGUACCCAACUCUCCGUGUUGGUGAUCGGAUCAUCAUCGAAAGGGCAUCAUAUUACCUCAGACGUCCUGCUAUACAUGAUAUUGUUACCUUCCGAGCUCCUACAUUGAUUCAUCUACAGCAGCAUGGACUCAUUGAGGAACUGAUUUUCAUCAAAAGAAUUGUAGCAAAAGCAGGUGACUUUGUUGAGGUCCGUCAUGGGUCACUAUAUGUCAAUGGAGUUGCUCAGAAUGAAGAUUUUGUAGCAGAGCCACCAACAUACUCAUUGAAUUUAACUCUUGUGCCCAGAGGACAUGUUUUUGUGUUGGGUGACAACCGCAACAACAGCUGUGAUUCCCACAUCUGGGGACCGCUUCCUAUAAAAAAUAUUGUUGGAAGAUAUGUCAUGUGUUAUUAUAGGCUUUCAGGUUUCUGACCUAUUCAGGAUAGUAGAUGGAAUUGAGGUAUCCAUUCUUUGUCUGAAGAUUUCUUUCUGUUGGAAAAUUUUGUGGGCAUAUGAUAGAAGGGCAUUGUUGAUACACGUAUGGAUUUUAAUGUGUUACUGUCUCUGAUCCUUGGCAUUAUCUUUCCAGUUGACUUGUGACUUGAUCUUACUUCUAAAAAGUCAUGGUCUUUAAAAAAUUAUUAUCUUACUAACUCGUAAUUUCUCUCAUGUUUCUUGACUUUGAAUAUGUGUAUGUACUGUUCAGAUUUGGUCUCAAUUUAUACACAUGAAUCCCACAAUUUUUGCAUUCAUAUAGAUGAAUUUACUAAGCAUAUUCAAGACAAUGUCUGUGGUGUCUAUUGUUUGCAGCAGAGUUUUGAUUAAUGGAAUUUGAGCGAGGACUAGGUUUAGAAUCAGCAGACAAAAAUGUAUGAUAGUAUAAUUUUAGCAAAUCAAAAGUGAGUUUUUCUAAAUAUCUUGGGUCAACUAUGUGCAAUGUUUGACUAAUUAAUGCCAGUAUAGAGGAGUGAUUUGAUUUGAAUUAAACGCGCUAAAAGGACAAGAGAAAGUUAAUAAAAAAACAAAAAAUAUUAACUUGAGGUCAUGAGAGAGAACACAACGUCCUUUCAAGUAAUAAAGGAUAUGGUUUUACAAAACUGUUUGGAGAAAAUGGAUCCUAUAGCCAACCGCAGAUAGUUGAAACUGAGGAGUUGAUUCUGGGAGUUGAUUAGAUGUAUAUGCACAAGCUCACACGGAGAAAGUGACAGAGGCAGGCACAUCAAUUAAACUGAGUAAGAGCUUGUUGUGUGUGUAUGGGUGAUUUUACCACAUAUUACUGUUUUAGAUUUUAUCGUAUUGCUUUAUCUAUGUCCAAGUUUCAUAGCUGGGAAUCAUGCAUUCAUGUGUAAAAUUGACUUGUCAAAAAACUCUUUUAACUGUUUUUCCGUUCUCAUACAGGGACAAUGCUUUAAACAUCCACUUCAUUUUCAGCUUCUAGUGCAUAUCUUUUGGCAGAUUCAGUGUGGAGUAUCCAUUGGCAGAUUAAGAGUAAUUAACCACCUCGAUAAUCUUAUGCAGUUUCAUUCACUGUACCAGUUUUGGUAACCUUUCUGAGAGCCAUAAAGGAUGAAAUAUUGGUAUUGUGAUCUGUACAUAAUGUACUCUGUUAGCAGCAUUCCUCACUCAUUGAUUUCUUUAGAAAGCGAGCUGAGCUGAGUUCUGAGCACAGGGUUGUUACUUUUGACAUAGUUCAUAGUUGCCACAAGUAUGAAGAGCCGUCCAUUGUCUAUUCUUCUUGUGGGGACUUGUUUCUGGUUGUGUGUGCGUGUGUUUUUUUUUUCAUGUGUACUGUAAAACCAAAACAGAAAUACAGAGCUGUGGAAAAAUUUGGAUUGCAAGAACUAAGCUAACCCUUGACCAAAGAAGGGAUGUGUUAUUCUUCAUCAUUUCAUGCAUCUACUCUUCUUGUAAAUUUAUGACUUCUUUAUCCUUUACUACUUACAUAUCUAAUGAUAACCAUGGAAUUUUUUAUUUUUAAAAUAGAAACAAUGGAAUAUACAGUGUUGGAUCC